AUGGUGCGCAAACAGAUUCAGCUCAACUUUGUCGACAAUACCAGCGUCGGUAAUUCCGCAUGCAUGGGACAAUGGAAAGAUCCUAAAGACAAGUCCUAUACGAAAGACCAGAUAGAGUACUAUAUCGAACUAGCAAAACUUGCGGAAAAGGCAAAGAUCACGACUAUAUUUUUCACCGACUCAUACGGGAAUCCUGAAACCUAUGAGAAAUCGGCCUCCGCCAUUUUCCUAGGAGGAGGCCAUGUUGGGCACAUGGAUCCUCUGAUGUUCGCCGGGCCAAUGGCUAUGGCAACAACCACGGUCGGAAUCACAUGCACAUACACUACGAGUUACAUUCCACCCUAUGUCGUCGCUCGGAGUUUUUCAACAUUGGAUCACCUGACGAAAGGUCGCAUCGGUUGGAAUGUUGUGACGAGCUUCAACACUGCCGCAGCAGAUGCAAUGGGACUGGACGAAAUGAUUCCCCAUGAUGAGAGAUACGAGAGAGCAGACGAGUUCAUGGACAUUUUAUAUGAUUUAUGGGAGGGCUCAUGGGAAGACGGCGCUCAGGUGUUCGAUAAGGAGCGCGACAUGGCCUAUGAUCCCAAAAAGAUCCACAAAGUCCAGCAUAGUGGCCGAUUUUAUAAGAUGAAUGCCUACAACCACACACACCCGUCACCUCAGCGUACCCCAGUUCUCUUCCAAGCUGGCGCCUCAAAGGCGGGGGUUGAAUUUGCUGCCAAACAUGCUGAGGCCAUAUUCGUCCAUGGCAGCUCAGCUGCUCAUGUCAGGAAGCAGGUACAGGCUGUACGUGAGGCAGCGAAUAGAAACGGCCGUGACGGGUCCAAAAUCAAAUUCUUCAUGGCCUUCUUGCCAACCCUUGGGCGCACUCAUGAGGAAGCCGUCGCCAAGUAUGAAAGAGCAAAGGCAAAUGCACACGUGACCGGUAGUAUUGCAACGAUCUCAGGCUUCAUCGGCCUGGACCUUAGCAAGUAUCCCCUGGAUGAGCCGUUAGAGUUCAAAGGAGAUAAGUCGGAUGCAGCGAUCCAUGGAUGGGUGGACAGUAUCAAAGCCGCUACAGCCGAUGAUAGUGAUGGUCCGUGGACUCCACGGAAAAUAGGGUCAAUGAUAGGUAUGGGACUACCGACCACGUCACCAGUUGGUACCGCUGCAGAGGUGGCAGACGUCCUUGAGCAAUGGGUGGAGGAGGCCGAUGUGGAUGGUUUUAAUUUACAGCAAUUUAUUGCUGGGGAGAGCUUUAAAGAUAUUGCUGAGUUACUGGUACCAGAACUCCAAAGUAGAGGAAUCUACUGGACCGACUAUCCCGCCCCUGGCGGGACCCUGAGAGAGAAUAUGCUCGGUAUAAAAGGGCAAAAGUUGGUUGUGGAUACUCAUCCCGCACACCAAUUUGCAUGGAAUGUCAGGAAAACAAACCAUAAGACCGUCUGGGAUCUUCGGGAGAAUGGAAUUGAAAUGGCAACCAAAGAGGCCCAAACCAACGGAACUUCAUAG